GUUCCGCGCCGGUUUAUAUAACUGGCGCGGGGAGGCGCUGGGCUCAGGCUGCGCGGAGCCAGUUUUGCAGCCGCCGCCGCCUGCGUUCCCUCCCCCCUCCCCCAGGUGAUGGCCCAGCCAGGGUCCGGCUGCAAAGCGACCACCCGCUGCCUUGAAGGAACCGCGCCGCCCGCCAUGGCUCAGUCGGACGCGGAGGCCCUGGCAGGCGCCCUGGACAAGGACGAGGGUCGGGCCUCCCCCUGUACGCCCAGCACGCCGUCUGUCUGCUCACCGCCCUCUGCUGCCUCCUCCGUGCCGUCCGCCGGCAAGAACAUCUGCUCCAGCUGCGGCCUUGAGAUUCUGGACCGGUAUCUGCUCAAGGUCAAUAACCUCAUCUGGCACGUGCGGUGCCUCGAGUGCUCCGUGUGUCGCACGUCGCUGAGGCAGCAGAACAGCUGCUACAUCAAGAACAAGGAAAUCUUCUGCAAGAUGGACUACUUCAGCCGAUUUGGGACCAAGUGCGCACGGUGUGGCCGACAGAUCUACGCCAGCGACUGGGUGCGGCGGGCACGCGGCAACGCCUAUCAUCUGGCCUGCUUCGCCUGUUUCUCCUGCAAGCGCCAGCUGUCCACAGGCGAGGAGUUUGGCUUGGUCGAGGAGAAGGUGCUGUGUCGCAUCCACUACGACACCAUGAUCGAGAACCUCAAGAGGGCCGCGGAGAACGGGAACGGCCUCACGCUGGAGGGGGCAGUGCCCUCGGAGCAGGACAGUCAGCCCAAGCCGGCCAAGCGCGCGCGGACAUCCUUCACCGCGGAGCAGUUGCAGGUUAUGCAGGCGCAGUUCGCGCAGGACAACAACCCCGACGCGCAGACCCUCCAGAAGCUUGCGGACAUGACGGGCCUCAGCCGGAGGGUCAUCCAGGUGUGGUUUCAAAACUGCCGGGCGCGUCAUAAAAAGCACACACCGCAGCAUCCUGUGCCGCCCUCCGGGGCGCCUCCGUCCCGCCUCCCUUCCGCCCUAACCGACGACAUCCACUACUCCCCCUUCAGCAGCCCAGAGCGCGCACGCAUGGUCACCCUGCACGGCUACAUUGAGAGUCAGGUACAGUGCGGGCAGGUGCACUGCCGGCUGCCUUACACCGCGCCCCCCGUCCACCUCAAAGCCGAUAUGGAUGGGCCGCUCUCCAACCGGGGUGAGAAGGUCAUCCUUUUUCAGUACUGACGCUGCCGGCACUUCCGCACCUGUCCAUGGGCACCCCACAGCUGCCCCUCAGCCGCUGAGAUCCAGCGUCCAAGCCACUGCCAGGGACCCACCCACCUCUGCAUCCACCCCUUAUCUGCCAUCCUGCCCGCCACCAGCUGGGCCCCCGGGCCUAGCCACGCCCUCUCCUGCUGAGAACCAGAACCGGCCAGGAGCGCCGUGGAGUCCUCCUCUUGGAAGACAGUGCUCCCUAAAAUUUGGAAACAGGGUGAACGCGACAGCUAGUUUUUCCCACUUAGACAGGACCCAUCUUCAACUUAGGCUGAUUACAAUAGCAAAAGGCCGAACUGAAUUGUGCAACGCCAACAGCCUUCUCAUUUACAGGUUUUCUACCCCCCCCAAGUUGGAACCAUCUCUGAAUUCCAAGUAGCCGGCAACCCCCAAUGUUAUCCACUCUCUUGCUUUUGUCUGGAAAACUGCAGUGUCUGUGGGAUGUCCCCAAAGGAAAGCUAUGUUCUUAUUUUAUCAUUUCCAUCUGUCUGGUUAUGUCAAAUUAAUUCAGAGAGAGAAGAGACACUGACCAACCCUGAGAGGCAUAGCGGGGCAGAGAUCGAAGCCUGCCCAGACCAGGAGGCAGGGGGCUGAGGGUGGGGUGGGGAGGACACAGACCCCCAUUGGUUUGGAGCUCAAGGAGAAGGAUAAGGCACAUUGGGCUGGGAGAGGAAAGAGAAAACUCGGGGUGUGUGUGGGAGACCCCCCUCCCCCCUAGUUAUCCAGCACAUAUACAAGCAACAUAGCAGAGAUGGGGUUUGAUCUGUGUGACGACAUUUCCCAAUGUUUGGGCAGGUUACAGUGGGGGCCCUUGUUGGCUACUCAUCGACUCCCGGUGGGGGUGCUUGGGCCAUGUCUUCCUUGGGGGGACCACUCAUGGGGACUGGGAACAGAGCCUAGGGAAAUGCAUCGGGACAGCAGAAUGUUAGUUUUGAUUCAUCUCUGAGCAGAGAGAGGGUGCUCGCUGCCUAGGUGAGCAUGCCAAGCCCAGGAUUCCAGCCGGCACCGCUGGGCUCCCCCACCCGCUCCUGAGAACGGACACAGCUGCGCUCACAUCCACCCUGUCCUGCUGCAGCUCUUCCACCCCAAACAAAAGGGCUUGGGCUACGCAAGACCAUGAUUUAUGUAUUCAAGGGGACGCCCAUUUGUCCCAAGUUUAUCCAGUAAUUUUUUUGAGUACUUAGUGUCCCGAUGCAUUUCCCACUAGAGGCUGCUAGUAAGCAUGUUUUAGCCCAAGUCCUCUUUCCUGAUCUGGUUAACCUGAUAUGUUGGCUUUGGAAGGAGACUCUAAGGCAGGGGAAGCAAGUCCACGGCACAUAUGUAUUGGCUGUCUCUAUUUUCACCCAUGGCAGACAUUGCUAAUCAAUUACAGCACACUCUAUCUCACGAGUCUGCAUAAGUUUGCAGAAUCCACAUGCUUGAAAAGUUGGCACUUAAAGUGAAUGUCUCUAUGUCAUUCUUGCUUUGGGACCGGGAGAAAGGCUAGGCAGCCCAAGAAGAGAACUCCUUCCUUUCCCUUCUGAAGACAGUUCCAGCUGACUCAGGGCAGAGAGAAGUCACCACUGAGAAUGUGGUCAGUACAGCUCAUCCGGUGAAUAACGUGUACCCGGCCCUGUGCUGGGGGUGACGUUAACAGGAGCGGCUCGGGCCUGAUCCUUGGCCUUGGGCAACUCUGACCUGUCCUUUGAUUUUUGCUCCUGAGGUCCCAAGUGCAACCAUGCAAUCAGCGGCCAGUUGAGCCCUGCCCAGGAUCACCCAGAACCCACUCUGCCUUGAGCCUCCUGCCAGGGUCUGUUCCUCGCGUGGAUCACGUGGUCAUAGCAUGUUGCAGUUCAGACAUGUCUCCGCUAGCCUGUUAGAGCAGCCUGGGAACGUACAGGCCAUCAAGACUAUUUAUUUAAACACAAAACAAAAGGGGAAAACACACACAUGGAAAAAAAUUGUAAGCACUUUUUUGUAAAACCAAUGUCUGUUUUGUUACAUACCUUUCAUGUUGUGCUUUGUAAAUGUCUUAUUUGUGUAAUAAAUAAAGUUAAUGCAAGUGGAAG